AUCGGGUAUAAAAGGCUGUCCCUCGGGCGCACUCGGAGAGUCGGCUCCUAGCCCACCCGACAAACGCCACAAUGCCUAUCAUCUUGGGCUACUGGGACAUGCGCGGGCUUGCCCACGCCAUCCGCCUGCUUUUGGAGUACACCGGUGCACAUUAUGAAGAGAAGGUGUACCGCUUUGGGGAUGCUCCUGAAUUUGACAAAAGCCAGUGGCUGGAUGUGAAGUUUUCUCUGGGCCUGGACUUCCCUAAUCUACCCUACCUGAUUGAUGGGAACACCAAGAUCACCCAGAGCAAUGCCAUCUUGCGCUACAUUGCCAGACAAUACAACCUGUGUGGUGACACCGAGGAAGAACGAAUUCGAGUGGACAUACUGGAGAACCAUGUCAUGGAUGUCCGCCUGCAGCUGUCUCGGCUCUGCUAUAACCCAAACUUUGAGAUGCUGAAAAUUGAGUACCUGGAGCAGCUCCCAGGGCAGCUGAAGCUCUUCUCGCUGUUCCUGGGGAAGUGGAGUUGGUUUGCAGGGGGAAAGCUCACUUAUGUGGACUUUCUUGUGUAUGAUGUCCUGGACCAGAACCGCAAGUUUGACCCCUGUUGCCUGGACGACUUCUCAAACCUCAGGGAUUUCUUAGAUCGGUUCGAGAGUCUGACUAGUAUUGCUGCCUACUUAGCCUCUGACCGUUGCCAGCCCUAUCCAAUCUUUGCAAAGAUGGCUUUCUGGGGUAAUAAGUAG